AGGCUAUAAAAAAGCGGGCGGAGCGCGCGGGGCGCGCAGUGCGGGCGCCACGUGGAGCGGGACGCGGGACGCGCGGCACCGCCAUGGCCUCCAACGAUUACAGCCAGACAGCCACCCAAAGCUACGGCGCUUACCCCGCGCCGCCCAGCCAGAGCUACUCGCAGGGCGGGGGGCAGAGCUACUCCCAGCAGAGCUACGGCGGCUACGGGCAGGGCUCGGACACGGGCUACGGCCAGGGGGGCUACGGAUCCUCCUACGGACAGAGCCAGAGCGGUUACUCGGCGCCGGCGGCUCCUCCCUCGUACGGCUCCGGCGGUUUCGGCUCCGGGCAGAGCUCCCAGGGCAGCUACGGCCAAAGCUCCUCCUACCCCAGUUAUUCCCAGCCCCCCGCGGCUGCCUCGGCCUCUGGCAGCUACGGCGGGGGCUCGGGCGGCUCGGGGUACGGGCCGGGCGCGGCGGGCGGCGCCUACGGGCAGCAGCCGCAGCAGCCGCCGGCGCAGCCGCCGGCACAGCCCCCGAGCGGCGGCUACGGGCAGCAGGGCUACGGGCAGCAGGGCUCCUACAACCCGCCCCCGGGCUACGGACAGCAGGGACACUACGGAAACGCCUCCUCCAACAGCUACGGGCAGGAGGGCGGCUCGCUGAGCUCGGGGGGGUACCCGGAGCCCGGCGGCGCUUACGGAGCCGCCGCCCCGAGCGAGCGCAGCCGCGGCCGUGGCGCCUUCGGCAACCGCGGCGGCUUCGAGCGCGGCACCCGCGGCACCCGCGGCAACCGCGGCGGCAGCAUGGGCGGUGGUGAGCGUGGUGGCUUCAAUAAAUUCGGUGGACCCCGGGACCAGGGGCCGAGACAUGACCCAGGGGAGCAGGACAACUCGGACAACAACACCAUCUUCGUGCAGGGGCUGGGCGAGAACGUCACCAUCGAGUCCGUGGCCGACUACUUCAAACAGAUCGGGAUCAUCAAGACCAACAAGAAGACCGGCCAGCCCAUGAUCAAUCUCUACACUGACCGCGAGACGGGGAAGCUGAAGGGAGAGGCCACCGUGUCCUUCGACGACCCGCCCUCGGCCAAGGCCGCCAUCGACUGGUUCGACGGGAAGGAAUUCUCGGGGAACCCCAUCAAGGUCUCCUUCGCCACUCGUCGCGCCGACUUCAGCCGAGGGGGCGGCCGGGGCCGCGGCCGGGGAGGCCCGCUGGGCCGGGGCGGGUUCGGUUCCGGCUCCGGCGGCCGCGGCGCCUUCACGGGCGGGGGAGGGGCCCAGCAGCGAGCGGGGGACUGGAAAUGCCCAAAUCCGGCGUGUGAGAACAUGAACUGGGAGGGGAAACUGGGAUGGGAACUGGGACAAACUGGGAGGAACUGGGACGGGACAACGUUUCUGUCUGUCUGUGACAUCAUCAAUGACGUGAUGACAUCACCGAUGACAUCAUCGAUGACAUCACAGGGCAUACAAGAACACAAGGGAAGCAUUUGGGAUGAACUAGGAUGGGAAACUGGGACAAACUGGGAGGGACUGGUUUGGACUGGGAUGGGACAACGUUUGUCUCUGUCUGUGACGUCAUCAAUGAUGUGAUGACGUCAUUGAUGACGUCACAGGGCAUGCCAGAACACAGGGGACGCAUUUGGGAUUCAUUGGGAGGACAAACUGGGAUGGGGAACUGGGACAAACUGGGAGGGACUGGAGGGACUGGGAUGGGACAACGUUUGUGUCUGUCUGUGACGUCAUUGACGAUGCGAUGACGUCAUUGAUGACGUCACAGGGCAUGCGAGAACAGGGGGAAGCUUUUAGUGUAAACUGGGAUGGACUGGGAGGAACUGGGACAAACUGGGAGGGACUGGGAUGGGACAACCUUUGUUUCUUUCUAUGAUGUCACUGAUGAUGCGAUGAUGUCAUGUUGACAUCAUUGAUGACAUCACAGGGCGUGCAAGAACAUGGGGGAAGUGUUAGGGAUGAACUGGGGGGACAAACUGGGAUGGGGAACUGGGACAAACUGGGACGGACUGGGAGGGGACAAAGUUUCUCUCUUUCUGUGACGUCACCGGUGUCGCGAUGACGUCACCGCUGACAUCACCGAUGACGUCACCGCAGGGCGUGUGAGAACAUGAACUGGGAGGGGAAACUGGGACAAACUGGGAUGGGGAACUGGGACAAACUGGGAGGGAACUGGGACGGGACAACGUUUCUCUAUUUCUGUGACGUCACCGGUGACCUGAUGACGUCACUGAUGAUCUCAUGAUGACGUCACAGGGCGUGUGAGAACAUGAACUUCUCGUGGCG